AUGGACUAUUUACGUUCUUCUUCUUAUCAUGAAGAGCCUUUACUUCUUAUUUCAUAUGACAGUAUCACAAGAAAAUUUCAAUUACUCCCCCCGAUCCUUGAUCGAACGAUUGACUGUAAAAAUUCCUAAAAAUUGGGAAAUUAACCCCCUAUCCUUGAUCGAACGAUUUUCAUAUCAUGCAACUUUUAUAUAUAUAAAAAUAUAUUAGUUAUCAAAAGCUUGGGAAGAUGCACAUAAUGAAGUUGUUUUCAGAGCUUUGAGACGGCAGAAAGCUGCGAAAUCAACCAUCCGAAGUGAUUUAGCCAUCAAUCUAGGCUUAAAAAACUUAAUAAUCUAAUAAAAUAGAGAUCUUUAAAAUUUAAAAAAAAAAUUAAUUUAAUAAGGAAUAAAUUAAAAUUUAUACCGUUUAAAGGGGUAACUAAUAAAUCAAAAUAUUAAAAAUUGGUAUUUUUAUGAAAUUAAUUAAAUUUUUUGCUCUAAAAAUAAUUAUUAAAUACCCUUAACCCUCUUAUUUAAAAGUAAAUAAAAAAAUAUAUAUAUAUAUAUAUAUUUUUUUUUAUAUAUAUAUAUAUAUAUUUUAUUUUAUAUAUAUAUAUAUAUAUUUUAUUUUUAUAUAUAAAAAUUUGUUUUUUUAACCCCCAUACUUGAUCGAACGAUGGCGAGUCGUUCGAUCAAGGAUGGUCGGGGGGAGUUAGAACAAAAAGGGCUUGAUUUUUUAAAAUCCUUGAAUGAGCCAUUAGGAGUAAUUUCUGUCGCAGGGAUGUAUCGUACAGGAAAAUCCUACUUGCUCAAUAGAGUCAUCCUAAAUCGAAAAAAAGGUUUUGGGGUAGGGCCAACAGUAAAUCCUUGCACCAAAGGUCUAUGGAUUUGGGGAUCUCCUAUAUCUGGAAUAACAAAAGAAGGAAAGCCCUGCAAUGUAAUAAUUAUUGAUUCUGAAGGUAUUGGAGCACUUGAUGAAGACUCUAACCAUGAUACUCGCAUCUUUUCUCUUGCUAUCUUGCUGAGCUCGAAUUUUAUUUAUAAUUCUGUAGGAGCAAUUGACGAAGAUGCAAUUCAAAAUUUAAGUUUGGUUGUAAACUUAACAAAGCAUAUUCACCUAAAAAGCUCACAAUCUCAAUCAGAUGAGCUUGGCUGCGAAGACUACGCUGCGUAUUUUCCUUCUUUUUUGUGGGUUGCUAGAGAUUUCACUUUGAAAUUAAUUGAUCCUGAAGGGAAAAAAAUAGCACCUAACUCCAUCUUCUUAAUUGAGCAAAACGAUUAGAAUGAAUAUAAUUCUAUUGAGUUUUAACAGAUCUAUAAAUAAAAUUUACUUUCCAAUUUUGGAUAUAGGAUUUUCAAAUUUCACAAAAAUAUUAAGCUAUUGUGAGCAGGCAAAUUUUUUUUGCUCACUCACAGAGAGGGGAGUAAAGAGUAUUUAGAACUAGCUUUACAGCCUCAAAAAGGGUUUUCGGAUACUGUAGAAGAGAAAAAUCGUAUAAGGAAGCUAAUGUCAAAUUUCUUCAAAGAAAUUGAUUGCUGCACUCUUAUAAGGCCAGUUUCAAGAGAAGAAGACUUACAAAGACUUGAUGAUAUGGAUGAAAAUCAAUUGAGACCUGAAUUCGUAGAGCAAAUCCUAGAUUUGAGAAAAAAGGUGCUUGAAAGCAUAAAUGUCAAGAUUAUGAAUGGAAAAGAGCUGUCUGGAGAAAUGAUUGCAAGCUAUCUUGAGGCUUAUGUUGAAUCAAUCAAUUCUGGUAUUGUCCCAAAUAUAGAAAAUGCAUGAAGCUAUAUUUGUCAAAACCAAAAUAGAAAAGUAUUUGAAGAAUCCAAAGAAAUUUAUCAAAAAACUUUGGAAAAAUGUGCAGAAGAAAUGUUCCCAGCUCCUUUUGAAAAACUUAUAAUUUAUCACAAAACUUCAAAGCAUGCAGCUCUUGAAUAUUUUGAAAGCAAAAGUUUAGGCGAAGAUAAAUCUUGAUAUCUCAAUGAGCUGAUUAUUCAUAUUAAAGAGAAAUUUGAGCUACUAAAAGAAGAAAAUAUAACCGAAACUAAAGAAGAAUGUGCAAAAUUCUUGACAGAGCGAUAUAUGGAGAUUGAUCAGAAGAUAAGGCAAGGAGAAAUCAAGAAACUUAUGGAUUUUGAAAGAGCAUUAAGGAAUUUUGAAAAUGAUUUUGAUAGUAAAGGUCCAAAAGGCCCAAACAGCAAAGAGUGCUUUUUAGAUUUUUACAGAGAAAAAUUGCGAAAAGUCACAGAUAAUAUGCUGAAGCAAGCUUUAAAUGAGUUAGAGCUGCAACAUAUUUUAUCUACUGAACAAAUCUUAAGACUAGAAACAGAGCUAAAAUUCACAGAAGAAAGAUUGAUUUCUGAACGAAAUGACUCUUUAAAUAGAAUCAGCUUAUUGCAAGGCGAAAAAUCAGAAUAUGCCGCAAAAGAAAAGUCUCUAAAAGAGCAAGUCUCUCAUUUAAUUGAAGAUAAAGACAAGAUGGAAAACGAGCUUCGAGACAUUUUAGACGAAUAUAAAGCUAAAUACCAAAAAGAAGUUGACUCAUCUAAUAUAAAAGUUUUAGAACUCAAUGAUUAUGUAAAAGACUUUGAAAGAGAAAAUGCAAGGAAAAUAGCAGAACUUGAGGAAGAAAAAGCGCUUUUGUCUCAAAAAAUAUCAUUUUUAGAAAGCUCACUUGAAGACUACAAGUUGAGAGAUAAAGCAUCAUCUGAAAAAAUUAAAGAAGCUAGAAAUGAUCAUAAUCAAGUAUUAAAGAUAAUGCAAGCUAAAUUUGACUCACAAAUUACGAAAUUUCAAGAAAAACUAGAUGGGCAACUGAAAGAAGUUAGUGAUUUAGAAGCUGAGCUUGAUAAUAAAGAAAGAACAGUUGAGGAUUUACAAUUUAAGCUUACUGAAAAUCAAUCACAGAAUGCAAAAAUAAUAAAGGAACUGCAAAAUCAUAAUGAAAAUGUCAGUAAGAGCCUAAAAGAGACUGAAAAUGAAUUUAAAGAGAAAUUGGAAGAACAAAGGAUAGAAAAUCUGAAAUCAACGGCAAGGCUAAGAGCGAGACUUGAUGAAACUGAAAAGAAGCUAAGAGGAAGUGAAGAACUGCAAAGAAGUGAUAUGUCGAUUUGGGCACAAGAUAUAGUUCAUGUACUGAUAUAGAUCGUCAUCAUUGAAAAUGUAAACACUACGAUGGAUUUUCAUAUCUUGCAUAUCGAGAUACUAACUAUUUAGAGAAAUAUUUUAAAUAUAAAUAAAAAGGUUUAAUAUAGUUUUAUUCGAUUUGUUUUAAAUAAAUAUGAAAAUGAUGAUAGAACAGCUCUUUGAAAAAUAAGAGUUUUGCCCCUAUUUGAAUUACUGGAAUCUUAUCCAUAGCUCUUACAUAAUGUCUAUCAACAACUAAAUCUUAUUUCAGAUUGUUUCCACACUACUCCGGAAGAACUAACAGUUUAAAUCUUUUUUUGAAUCUAUAUAUACAUAAGCCAUUUUUUAGUAAGCCUUAAAAAAAAUAUCUUUUUAUUAUUGUGCAAUUAGAAUUAAAUAAUUUAAUUGGCUGAACUAAAUUCUAUAGAAAAGUUAAGAUACUUAUCAGUGUCAGUCUAAAUGUUAUCUUAAAAUUAAUAUUUAGUUUCGCUUACUUGUCAAAAUGAUUCUCAAUUAUCAAUCCUUUUAUAUUACAUCACUUAAUUGGGCUAAGUAAAAUUAUGUAAAACUCUCACUUUUCAGUCAGGCUGAGAGAAGAGCUGUUUUAGCUGCAAAAUAAUUUAGAUUUAUUUUGUCGUGCUUUAUGCAAAUUAUUAGAAUCAUUUUCAUAAUUCUUAAGAGAAAAUCAUCAUAUAAAGCUAUAUUAAAAGUUUACAACCUUUUUUAUUUAUAUUUGAAUAUUUCUCUAAAUAGUGGGAAUCUAAGAUGUAGCCCAUUGAAAUGGUUGCAUUUUUAAUGAUGACGAUCUAUACCGUUAGGUGAGCUAUAAUGCAAUUUUAGUACAAAAAAUUGAAUUCUUAGAACAAGAACUUGAAGAGGAGAAAAGUAAAAGAGAUGAAGACAAAAAAUACUAUGAAAGCAUGGUUUCAGCACUAGAAAUUGAUAAAGCUAAUGAAAACAGCUCAUAUCCAGAUGAAUUACAUGCUGACCAAUCACAAAAGAUUUUAAAUCUAUGAAAAGAAAAUGAAACAUUAAAAUUACAAAUGAACACAAAACUUGAAGAAUUAAUGGACAUAAACAAUACUCUAGAGUCUAAAAUAAAAUUGGAGCGAAAUGACUGAAUGCAAAAAGAACAUCUUUUGAAAGAACAAAUUGAUGAGCUUUCUUCAGAAAAAUCCAAAUUGCAGACAGAGCUAUCUAGGAGAAGUAUACAAAAUGAUUACUCCCACAAAAGACUUACUCUCUAUGCAUCGAAAGCCAUUGGAAAAUCCUAUUUUUUGGGUAAAAACCAACCUUGUGAGACAAUAAAAAUUUUUUGAUUUUUAUUAUAAUGAAAUUUCUAGCUAAUUCUGCUGAAUUUAAACAGCUUGCAUUUUAUAACAUAAAAUUAUACAAAUUUUACUUUCCAAUUUUUGCUAAUUUAAAAACAAGUUAAUCUAAAAUUUAUAUUGUCCCAGGCCCUUUUUGGGCAUCAGUAUACGACCCUUACUUGACAGCCAGCUUCGUAUCUCGGAUUCUGAAAAUACGAAGCUGGCCGUCCAGUAUGAGCCGGAGUUAGCUCUAUUGAUGUAGAAAAAGAAAUGGAUCACCUAAAAUCAUCCUAUUAUGAUGAAAUAGAAAUUCUUAAAUCCCAGCAUGAAGCUACCCUUCUCCAGCUUAAGAGCUUUUAUGAGCAAGAAAAAAAUCGUUUUGACCAAAGAAUUCAACAAGAAAAAUCAAAAACAGAAAGACAUAUAAACGAUAUCAGUGAAGACUAUGAAAAAAGACUGGAAACAGAAACGAUAAAUCAUGAGGAAGAAAUUCACUCACUUCAUAAUGAAUUUAGAGAAAUGGAAGGAUUUUACACAGAAGAGAUCACAAAAUUAAAUGAAAAAAUAGAACUGGAUAGCCAAAAAAUCGAUAGUUUAGAAAAGCAUAUAACAAAUUUGAAAACGCAGCUUGAUUCUACUUAUGAUUCUCAUUCAAAUGCUCUUGAAUCUCAUCAGGAGAGCUUUAAUCAACAAAGACAAGCUUUAUUUAACAAGCUGGAAACCAUGGCUGCAGAUAUUGCAGAAAAAGAUAAAAAUUUGAUAUUACUGAGGCAUGCAAAAGAGCAAGUUGAUAGACAAUUGACGACAAGAGGAAAGGAUUUUGAAGAGCUAAAUGAAAAAUAUUUCAAUGAUAAAAAUAGUUUACUUGACCAACUAUCUAAAAUAAAAACUGAAAAAGAUGAGGUGCUAUUAGAGCUAGCCAAAGCCAAUAGUAAAGCGAAAAGGGAGCUUGCACUUUAUACUAAUGAAAUAGAACUGCUACAGAAAAAGCUUUCAGAAAUUGAGAUUCAGCUGGAAGAAAGCGAGUCUCGGUAUAAAGACUCGAUAUUGCUGCUUAAAGAAGAAGCUGGCUCUCAAUCAGACAUAAUUACUCAAAGACUUUUUAAAGAAAAUGAAACUCUUCAACAUAAAUUAUCAGAAAAUAAAAAGGCUUAUAAGCAGCUUUCUUCCUCUGCAGCAAAACAAAAUGCCCAGUAUGAAAAAGAAAAAGAAAUUUUCGAAGAAAAAAUUUCAGAAUUGGAUAAAAAAUAUACUGAUUUAGAAAAGCAAUGCCUGGAUAUCCUCCAAAAUAAAUCGCCAGAGAAAUUAAAACCAGAAAAAUCUUUUAGCAGCAGCGAAGCAGACAGCUUAAGAGCCCAAAUAUCUAAACUUGAUAGAGAGUUGGCAUCCAGACAAAUUUCUUAUGAUCGGGAUAAAAACCUUUGGGAAAAUAAAUUUAAUUUUCUCCUUCAGCAGAGAGAUCAAGCAAGAAAAGAGCUAGCCUCAAGCCAAGAAAAAUUCGAGAUUGUAAUAGAAGAAAUUAAAUCAAAAUCUGCAGCUGAAAAAGAAAAAUUUGAAAUCAAAACGAAUUCUAUGAUUUCUGCAAUGGAAUCAAAAUUUAAUAUACAAAACUCUGAAAUUAUCAACAAAAAUGAGUCUCAGUUUAAACAAAUCAACGAUAAAUAUAAGCAAAGUGAAAGAAAAAUCCAAGAACUUGCAGAAGAAUUAGAAAAAGAAAGACGUGAAAAAGCUGCAGUUAUCAGUUCUUGCGAUAGAAAAAUAAUUCAAUCCCAAGAAGCAGUUCGAGUGCUAGAAAAUGAAAUUAGGCAGGAAAGAGAAGGAAGCCAAGAUGCUCUUGUUCAGUUAAUGGAUAAAUUUACAAAAGAACGAGACGAAUGGAGGAACAAAAUGGCUGAAUAUGAAAAGAAGAUAAAAGAUUUGGAAUCGCAUAAAGCUCAGCAGUUUAUUUUGCAUGAAAAAGAAAGAGCUAAAUGGGCCCUUGAAAAAGACUCAAUUAUUUCUAAUCAAACUGAUGCGCAGCAUCAGUUAACCCACGUUUUGAAAAGGCAAGACAGUUUAAAAAAAGAAAACGAAAAGCUAAAAGCGCCCCGCACAAAAUUGAUUCCAAAAAAGCCACCAGAAAUUUCUUUAACUUCCCCCCCCCCCCUCCGUGAGUGAACAAAACCAUUAGAAAAUCCCUAUAUUUUUUGCCCAAAAAACCCACCUUCCGUGAGUGAACAAAAAUUUUUUUUAAUAGAAAAAUUUUUUAUGGAAAAAAUUUUUAUAUAUAAAUAAUAAUUAGUAUAAUGAAAUCUAGAGCUAAUUCUGUUUUAAUUUUAAAACGAAUUGCUUUUUAAAACAUAAAUUUAUAAAUUAAAUUAAUAUUUGCUUUCAAAAUUUUGCGAAUUAGGGUUUUUUUAAAUUUCGAAAAAAAAAAACAAUUUUUUAUAAAAUUUAUAUAUCAAUUUUUUUAUAAAAUUUAUAUAUAAAUUUUUUAAAAAAAAAACAAAUUAACCCCCCUCCGUGAGUGAACAAAAUUUUUUUGUUCACUCACGGAGGGGGGGGGAGUAAGCACUAAUAUUUCUUAUGAAGAUUUUUCAAGAUUUAAUACUUUCAGUGGAAAAUCUACCCCUACAAACUUAGGCACAGAAAUCUCCCCCAGAGUCCAAUUCCCAACUUUUACAAGUCCGCAAUCAAGGCCUCACAGCUCAAGAAACUCAUAA